AUGAACUACCUGCGGCGCCGGCUGUCCGACAGCAACUUCAUGGCCAAUCUGCCAAAUGGGUACAUGACAGACCUGCAGCGCCCGCAGCCGCCCCCACCGCCACCUGCUGCCCCCAGCCCUGCAGCCACGCCCGGUCCCGCGACUGCCACUACCGAGAGGGCCUCCUCGGCCGCCCCCGUGGCCUCUCCCGCCGCCCCUAGCCCUGGAUCCUCGGGAGGCGGUGGCUUCUUCUCGUCGCUGUCCAACGCAGUCAAGCAGACGACUCUCGGCCGCGGCCGCCACCUUCAGCGAGCAGGAUCUGAUGGAUCGAAUGACCUGAGUGGCAGGACUGCUUGCAUCACAGCCCGGAGCCGCUGCCUAGCACUUGGAGUCAACACAGUUGGGAUCUCUGGAAACCGGUUUGGAAGCAGAAUUUUGCAUGUGGGAAGCUCAUUGCAGAGUGCCUUUGGGAUCAACAUCUACCUGGCGAAAUACUUCAAAGGGAAAAAGCUCCAUGGAGAAAUUGACAUUAAAGUAGAACAGGCUGAAUUCUCUGAUCUCAAUCUUGUGGCUCACGCCAAUGGUGGGUUCUCUGUGGACAUGGAAGUUCUUCGGAAUGGGGUGAAGGUUAUGAGGUCUCUGAAGCCGGACUUUGUGCUGAUUCGUCAGCAUGCCUUCAGCAUGGCAAGGAAUGGAGACCACCGCAGUUUGGUCAUUGGGCUGCAGUAUGCUGGAAUCCCCAGUGUUAACUCUUUGCAUUCUGUCUACAACUUCUGUGACAAGCCCUGGGUGUUUGCCCAGAUGGUUCGACUGCACAAGAAACUGGGGACAGAGGAAUUCCCUCUAAUCGAUCAGACCUUCUACCCCAAUCACAAAGAGAUGCUCAGCAGCACAACGUACCCUGUGGUUGUGAAGAUGGGGCAUGCACACUCCGGGAUGGGCAAGGUCAAGGUGGAAAACCAGCAUGACUUCCAGGACAUCGCAAGCGUCGUGGCCUUGACCAAGACGUAUGCCACUGCUGAGCCCUUCAUUGACGCCAAAUAUGAUGUGCGCGUCCAGAAGAUUGGGCAGAACUACAAGGCCUACAUGAGGACAUCAGUGUCAGGAAACUGGAAGACCAACACUGGCUCGGCCAUGCUCGAGCAGAUCGCCAUGUCUGACAGGUACAAGCUGUGGGUGGAUACAUGCUCAGAGAUUUUUGGGGGACUGGACAUCUGCGCAGUGGAAGCGCUGCAUGGCAAGGACGGAAGGGAUCACAUCAUUGAGGUGGUGGGCUCCUCCAUGCCGCUCAUUGGUGACCACCAGGACGAAGACAAGCAACUCAUUGUAGAGCUCGUGGUCAAUAAGAUGGCCCAGGCCCUGCCUCGGCAGCGGGAUGUCUCCCCUGGCAGGGGUUCCCACAGCCAGACUCUGUCCCCAGGGGCCCUGCCCUUGGGCCGCCAGACCUCCCAGCAGCCCUCGGGCCCCCCGGCUCAGCAACGACCCCCGCCACAGGGUGGCCCUCCACAGCCGGGCCCAGGCCCCCAACGCCAGGGACCUCCGUUGCAGCAGCGCCCGCCCCCACAGGGCCAGCAGCACCUUUCAGGCCUUGGACCCCCAGCUGGCAGCCCCCUGCCCCAGCGCCUACCAAGUCCCACAUCAGCGUCGCAGCAGCCUAUGUCCCAGGCUCCACCACUGACCCAGGGUCAAGGCCGCCAAUCCCGGCCAGUGGCAGGAGGACCUGGGGCCCCUCCAGUAGCCCGCCCGCCUGCCUCCCCAUCUCCCCAGCGCCAGGCAGGCCCCCCACAGGCUACCCGUCAGACAUCCGUCUCUGGUCAGGCUCCACCAAAGCCCUCAGGGGCUCCACCGGGUGGUCAGCAGCGCCAGGGCCCACCCCAGAAGCCGCCAGGCCCUACUGGCCCCACCCGCCAGGCCAGCCAGGCGGGUCCCAUGCCCCGCACUGGGCCACCCACCACGCAGCAACCUCGGCCCAGCGGUCCAGCGGGGCCUGGGCGUCCCACCAAGCCACAGCUGGCCCAGAAACCUAGCCAGGAUGUGCCGCCACCUGCCACGGCUGCUGCCGGGGGACCCCCGCACCCCCAGCUCAACAAAUCCCAGUCUCUGACCAAUGCCUACCUUCCAGAGCCAGCCCCGCCCAGGCCCAGCCUUAGCCAGGACGAGGUGAAAGCUGAGACCAUCCGCAGCCUGAGGAAGUCUUUCGCCAGCCUCUUCUCCGACUGACACCCCACCCUGAGAACCCCCAAUAUCCCUGGGUAACCCCUCUCUGGGCCCUGAAUCCACUUCUCACUUUUGGAAUCUCCAACUCCCUUGAGAAGCCCUCUCCUGGUUCACCAAGAUCCUUCUUCUCACUCCUCAGAAUGCCCAAGUCCCUAAGGAAACCUCACUUCUGGUCCUAAACCUAUUUCUCAUGUUUGGAAUUCCCAAAUUCUUGGGAAGCCCAUUCCUGGUCACCUCCAAAUUCCUGAGGACCUCCACUCCCAAAGUAUGGUUUCCUUUCCAGAAGUUCCCGAACACCAGGCAACCCAUUCUGGCCCUACACCACAGAGUCCCCUCCUGGGGUCCUGAAAUUCCUUGAAAACCAUACUCCUGGUCUGAGAUCGCUCAAGCACACUUAGUUCCCCACCAAAAUUUCCCAAAUCCUUAAGAAACCCCUACCUUUGAGCUCUCUUUCACGGAUCUCCCAUUUCUGGAGACCCACCUCUUCCAAUGCCACCACCCAGUCCCAUAAGGAUUUCCCUUCACCUCCUCUCCCAACUCUAUUCAAUACAUUGGGAGCUCUUCCCUCUGGUAGGACCCCUCAGUUCCCCAGGGACCUCUGCCCCACUUUCCUGCCUCUGACAGCUCUCUCUAAAUAUGCAAACUCCACCCAUCCUCCCAGAAUCCUUUGCACAUGAAAGGCCAGUGGUCCCCCACUUCCCCACCUUUGCUGUGAUGUCUGUGUCUGUGACUGACGUGGCCUCCU